AUGGGGAGAUGGUUGAUGGGGAAGCACAUGCUAAACUGCAUGGGAUACACUUGCAUUGAUUUAACCAUGUUUGUGUUUAUCUGCUUGCUUCCAGCUGCUUGCCAGACAUUGCUGUCUCUUCCUGUGGAUUUUAAUUUAGAAAAGGUAUUAGGUGACUAUUUUAGAGCUGAUGAAUUUGCAGAUCAAUCUCCCGGAAACCUCAGUUCUUCAUCCCUCAGAAGAAAGCUAUUUUUAGAUGGCAACGGAAGUAUCUCUGACUCCUUACCUCCAGCUUCUCCCAGAAGUCCUUGUAGUGGUGUUCAAGCAUCACUUGAGGUUUUUUAUUCAAUAGAUUUAUCUCCUGUGCAGUGUAGGAGCCCUGUGCAGACCCCGAGUUCGGGGCAGUUUUCUUCUAGCCCUAUUCAGGGUAGUGCAAAAAAAUACAGUUUGGGAAGCAUAACCAGUCCUUCACCUAUUUCUUCACCCACUUUCUCACCAAUUGCAUUUCAAAUAGGAAAGACACCACUCUCAGAGCAAAGGAAGUUAACUUUCCAUUCUCCUGAUGCUUCGUCUGGAACAAAUUCUAAUGGAAUUACCAAUCCGUGUAUCAGAAGUCCUUACAUAGAUGGCUGCUCACCAAUUAAAAAUUGGUCUCCUAUGAGACUUGAGAUGUGUACAGGGGGUGCUAAGUAUCGGCCCUCACUGAUUCGGGUACCUUUUACUCUCGAGGCUCACAGCGAAGAUGAAGGAGACAAGAAAGAUGUUCCUUCCACAGACGCCUCCUCCCUAGCCAUGGGCACAGCUGGAGUCCACCUGCCGCAGUUGGAUGGUGACACUUGUCCACAUGGCGCGCGCUUGGUAGUGACCGCCAUGUCUAUUACCCAGAACCAGUCCGGUGCUUCUGAGAAAGAAUUGGCACUGCUGCAGGAUGUGGAAAGUGAGAAGGAGAAUAACACUGUGGAUAUGGUCGAUCCCAUAGAGAUAGCAGAUGAGACCACUUGGAUUAAGGAGCCCAUUGAUAAUAGGAGUUUACCCAUGACUGACUUUGUGAGUGGGAUCGCCUUCAGUAUUGAAAACUCUCACAUGUGCAUGUCACCUCUCGCAGAAAGCAGUGUCAUUCCUUGUGAAAGCAGUAACAUUCAGAUGGAUAGUGGCUAUAAUACACAGAAUUGUGGAAGCAAUAUUAUGGAUACGGUUGGAGCAGAAAGUUACUGCAAAGAAAGUGAUGCACAAACCUUGGAAGUCGAGAAUAAAUCUCAAGUUUUUAAUAUAAAGCAAGACCACUCAAUGCAAAGGUGUUGGAUGAAAAUUGCAAAUCGGCCUCAAUGCAGCAGCCCAUAGAGCACCUCUCUCAGAACCAAAGCCUCUAACUGGACAGCUCCUCACAUACUUUUCAUGCAUGGGAUCCAUAAUGUGAUCGUGAUGGGGAAGAAACUGCUUCAACUAACAUGCUGAGCUUUUUUUCUUUCCCUCCUUAAUGUGAAAAACCAAGGGCUUAAUUUAGUGACAACAGAAAAGCUCCUGGAACUUUCAGGAAGUUACUGAAGUACAAGUUCAGUUUUUAGCAAUAAAUAUUUUUGUACU